AUGGCUGCAAGCAAAUGCGUGAAAAAUAAUGAUGUUAUUUCUUUAAAGAAAAUUCUUGAUAAAGGAAUUAAAAUGAAUCUCAAUGAUUUUCUUGUGAAAACUAUAUCAAGAGAUUGUGUUGAAAUGCUUGAUUAUUUACAUACAGAAUGCAAAGUAAAUCUCGCAUUCGAAGACAGUAUUUUGCAAGAAUAUACUCCUUUACAUAUUGCAGCAGAUAAAAAUUCAUUUAGAGUUAUGGAAUACUUAUUAAAGAAAGGAUUGAAUCCGAAUUCUCUUGAUGGAGAUGGCUUACCACCUAUCUUCAAGGCAAUUGAGUCUGAUUCUAUUGCUGCCGCAAAAGUUCUUAUUGAAAAUAAAUGCAGCAUGAAAGCGAAAAAUGAUUAUGGAUUUCCACCUUUACUUGAUGCAAUCGAACAUAAGCAGUUUUCUAUUGCAAAAUUACUUCUCAACAAUGGAGCUGAUAAAUAUAAAGAGUAUAGACCUGAAGGAGACACAGCUCUCACAGUAACAGUUGAAUACGGUGAUGCAGAGUUUUUGAAAUAUUUGUUGAAAGAUUACAAAGUUAGAAAAAGUGAUCUGAUUUGUGUCUACUUUGCAAUUCAUGAUGAAAAGAUUGAACUCUUGAGAACAUUGUUAGAACACAAGUUUAAUCCAAAUCAUAAGGAUAGCGUCUAUUUUUAUCCUUUGUAUUACGCUCAUCAUGAAAGAGAAAUUCAAUGUUUCAAUCUUCUUUUGGAUUAUGGUGCUGACCCGAAUUUUGGUGAUAAUCUUGGUUUCUCGACAUUCCAAUGCAUUUGCGAGGAUGAAGAUAUGAAUUUGAUUGAGAAAAUGUAUAAAAAAGGUGCUGAUAUUAACCACAUCAACAAUGAUAAAGAAAGUUGUUUGAUGACAGCUCUUAUUUGCAAUAGAGAUAAUGUCGCAAAAUUCUUGAUAGAAAAAGGUUGUAAACUGGAUCUAAAAGAUAAAGAAGGAGAUAAUGCACUUCAGUUCGCUAUCGAAAAAGGAAAACAGAAUUAG